AUGGCUCAUGGCCACUUGAUCCCAAUCAUAGACAUGGCAAGAUUAUUUGCUAGGCGUGGGGUGAAAGCAACCAUUGUUUCCACUCCUCUCAACGCAGCCCUCUGCUCUAAAACUAUUGAAAGAGAUAGACAACUGGGUCUUGAUAUCAGUAUUCAAAUCAUAAAAUUCCCAUCUGCAGAGGCUGGGUUGCCGGAGGGAUGUGAGAACAUAAGUGCUAUUACCUCGCCCGACAUGCUUCCGAAUUUCUUCAAGGCAAUCGGCAUGCUUCAGCAACCACUUGAACAGCUCCUAGAAGAAUGCCAUCCCAGCUGUCUUGUGGCAGACAUGAUGUUUCCAUGGGCUACGGAAGCUGCAAACAAGCUCGGGAUUCCAAGGUUGUUUUUCAAUGGGACAAGUUUUUUUGCUAUGUGUGUCUUUGAUUCCCUAAAACGCCAUGAACCUCACAAAAGAGUGGAUUCAGAUUCCGAACCAUUCACAGUGCCUGGUUUACCAGACCAGAUAAAGCUGACAAGAUUGCAACUGCCAACUUACCUUAAAGAGACAACUGAGAAUGAAUUCACAAAGCUGAUGGAUCAAAUCUCACAAUCAGAGCUGAGAAGCUAUGGAGUUAUCAUGAACAGUUUCAAUGAGCUGGAGCCAGCUUACUCAGAGCACUACAGGAAGGAAAUGGGAAGGAAGGCAUGGCAAAUUGGGCCGCUGUCCCUUUGUAACGGGGACAUGGAAGAUAAAGCAGGGAGAGGCAACGUCUCCUCCAUUGAUGAACAUGAAUGUUUGAGAUGGCUGGCCAACAAGAAGGACAACUCAGUUCUAUAUAUAUGUUUUGGAAGCGUCUUCAACCUUCCAGGUACUCAGUUACUUGAGAUUGCCCUGGCUCUUGAAGCUUCUGGACAGAAUUUCAUUUGGGUUGUGAGAAAGGGAGAGCUAACAAAGCAUGCAGACAAGGAAGAGUGGUUGCCAGAAGGAUUUGAGAAAAGGAUGGAAGGGAAGGGCUUAAUAGUAUGGGGGUGGGCACCCCAGGUGUUGAUACUUGAUCAUAAGGCUGUUGGAGGGUUCAUGACUCACUGUGGUUGGAACUCGACGUUGGAGGGAGUGACUGCAGGGGUGCCAAUGGUCACAUGGCCACUUGGUGCAGAACAAUUUGGCAAUGAAAAACUGAUUACAGAUGUUCUCAAGAUAGGCAUUGGAGUUGGUACCCAAGAAUGGUCAAGAUAUGAAAAGAAAAUUAUAGUGAGGAAGGAGGACAUAGAGAAGGCAAUUGCUCAGUUGAUGGCUAGUGACGAAACUGAGGAAAUUAGAAACAGAGCAAGGGAACUGAAAGAGAUGGCAAGGAGGGCUACGGAAGAAGGAGGAUCAUCUUUCGCUGAUUUAACGGCAUUGGUAGAAGAAUUAAGGGCCCUUGAGACAAGCAAGCGAGAACGCAAAGUACAUUGA